AAAACAAAAGCUUAAGAACUAGACAAAAGAGUUGUGAUUACAGUAUAUUUGGCAAAUAAGUUUAAAUAGCACAAAGAGACUGUGAGGUGAUGGGAACAGCUGAUGCCUGAUAAUACAGAUGGGGGAUACUCCGCGGACAAGGGAGAAAACAACCCCCAAGAGGAGAAGGAAAAGCGAGGGUGUUCGCGAGUUGCUGCUCAGUUGCGAUUUUCAUGUGCCGAGGAGAUAAGCUGCUCCUCUCCGCCGACUACAUUUUCCAAUUGCAAAAAAUAGAGAAAAAAACAACCGCGGAGCAACAACAAAUGCUGGAAAAUAUACAGCUCUAGCCGCGCCCCCCACGCUGCCGCCCACCACCACCCCCCGCAAACGCCGUGAUGUCUUGGAGGUUGUGAAAUAGUGGCACCAUCACCACCUCUCACCAUUCCGCAGCGACAUUCGUCAUCCGGAAGCGCGGAACCGUGGAAAUCCCCCUUUAGGAUGGCCCUCGCCAGCGCCGCUGCCGCCCUGCUGAAGGGAUCCCAGACGCCGCUGCAGCAGCUCCUGGAGGACAUCAACUUCCAGCGAACCAAGGAGAUGCGUCAGCUGCUCAAGGACGAUGGCGGCUUCGUGGUCCUUCAGGGCACCACCUACUGGACGGACCUGUUCGUGCGGCACUUCCUCUUCCAGACAGAGCCCGAGCACAGCAUCGACUCGGAUGACUUGCUCUUCUUUGUGCGCAAGAAGCACGUAAAGAGCUCCUCGCGCCACAUGCCAAAAUUUGAGACUGAGGUGGAGGUAUUCCGCAAGGACUCGCGCAAACUGCCCAUCGGCGAUCCCGAUGUGGACUGGGAGGAGACUGUGUAUCUCAACAUGGUCAUCCACCAGUUCGAUUACACACUUACCCUGGCCAUUUGUACCAGGACCUCGCCCAAGGAGCUUCAGGUGCUGAGGAGGCAUUCGCAGAGGGUGUACGCAAGUCCCAGUCGUCGCAAGAUGGACACGAAAGGCGAGGGCGAGGAGAUCACGUACCCGCACAUCUGCUUCAUGGUGGACAACUUUGACGAGGUGUUCAGCGACAUCCUGGUGCGCGACGGGGAGAUGGUGUGCGUGGAGCUGGUGGCCAAUGACAAGGACGGAGCGGUCCAGGGGGUGAUCUUCUUGGGAUCCAUACGGUACGAUGCCUUGAAGAAGGUCUACGAUGCCAGGCAAUCCAGUCUGAGUUCCAAGGUGGCGCAGCGCAUGUCCUUUGGCCUCUUCAGCAGUGGAGCUGGCGUCCAAACGCGCUGUGAGUUCGUCCGGAUGAAGGGACCACAGGGAAAGGGCCACGCCGAGAUGGCGGUGACCAAGCCAAAGGGUUCCGGAGUGGAGACUCCCACCAGCGAGCCGGGAUUCUGCGCCACCGACAUGUGGGACGAGUGGGAGGAGGAGAACGACGACUACUGCACUUACCGACACCAGCGACGUCUCAGCGAUCCGAGUGCCAAUCUCAACAACUUCUCCCGCUACGGCUGGCGCACCAAGGGCUCCAAUAACCAGGACAUGGUGGGCAGCGGCACCAGUCCCAAUGUGGGAGCCAAGGCGCGUUCGGAGAACGAGGGUCUGGACUCGCUGGCCAGCGAGGUGUCCGAGAUCGAGGCCGGCGAUCUGCGCGAUGAUCAGCAACGUCCUGCUUUCUCGGCCUCCGCGGCAAAACUGCACCCAAAUCCGAACUGCGAGAUAAACAAACUCGCGACUGGUGACCAAGAAAAGUUGCCCCAAGAAUCUCCAAGUGAGAGUACUUCCACACCGGCUUCAGCUUCAGCUCCAGCGGCAGCUGCUGUUCCGGCUGUCACUCCGCCCCCACUGAGUGCCGCCGUGGAGGUGACCGUGUCCGGCGAAAACAACGGAUCCUCCGGACAAAGCUCAUCCACGGGAUGCAACUGCUUUGGUGGCAAGAAGUGCAAGAAGCGCUGGGCGUCGGCCAAGAACACUGACACCCCGGAAAUGUCCGAGGUCUACUGCCCCAGCUGCGAGGAUCCGUCCAACGAGUCGCCCGCCUGCCUGGCCAAGAUGCCCGACAAGCGGCCCACCCGUCCCAAGCCCAAGACCAGCAUCCUGAGUGUGGAGAGCGAGCUGGUGGUUGGCAAAAGGAACAGUUUCCGGCUUCCGUCGGAGCACAAGCGCAAGCAGCAGGGCGGGAGCAUCACCAGGAGCGCCUCCCUGAGCGCCGCUGACCGCAGGACCAGCCUUCCAGUGUCCACCAAGAAGAUCAUUCCCCCACGACUGCGCUCGAGCAAGGCCAAGGAUCUCGAGAAGGACAAAGAUAAAGAAAAGGAUAAGAACAAGGAGAACGACAAGAAGUCGUCAAAUCAGAAGGUCAACGGCUCAAGUACCAACUUUCUGGCCAAGAUGUCGCCCAAGCGGCUUAAAGCGGGCAAGGACAAAGACAAGGACAAGGACAAAUCGGGUGCAGCAGCCAAAAACAAAGCAGUCAAUAAUAAUAACCCCAAGUCGGACACCUCCAAAACCGAGGAGUACGAGAUCGCCGAUGAUGCCACCUCCCUGAAUGGGAGUGAAUCGGAAGGAGCUGGAGCCGCCAAAAUGGCCAUCCUGAGUGAGAGCGAUAGCAAGCUGAUGAUCAGCGUUCGUGGACGUGAGGAGCUGCCGGUGGAAUCACCCAAGACGCCACCGAACCGCUUAGAGAAGUGCGUCCGCAUGCCUGUGGAGCCGGAGAACCAUCCACUGCAACCGAACGCGAACAAUGAGAACGAGGAGAGCGAUGUAUCCAAGGUGAUUUCGCCCACGGAGCUGACGCCCAUGCUGGAUGUGGCCAAUGGCAACCAGGAGGCGAGCAGUGCUACUCUGCCGAGGACAGCCAAGCAGGCUCAUGUCAGCAAGAUGCUGCAUUUGGUGCCCAAGCGCAGAACUCCCGAUGGCACAAACAUCUACUACUGGUGUGAUGUGCCCAAAAAGGCAAUAAAAGAACUCGACGACGGCGCCUAUAAUCCCCUGUGGACCAGCCGGGGCUUCACGCAGUCCUUUCACUUCUGGAAGGAGAACAGGCGACAGCAGUCGACGCCGCUCAAUGCAUUCCUCACCUAUGUGACACUGCCCUGGUGGAGCAUUGCUAAGGACCUCUUGGAUCACCGGGAAACGCCUAUUCUGACCUUUUAGUAUUAACUUAAUUUGCAAUUGUGAUUUAUGACCCUAUGCUUUAUUGUUCUCACAUGUAUUCCCUAUUAACCGAUCGAAUGCCAACCGUGUGAUCAGUCUCAGUUUGAUUUAUCAGUAUAUUUGCUUUGUUCUCGACCAACGUUGAGUUUCCUAGGGCGCAUCCUCGCGGAUCAAACUACUUGGUGAGCGCAGAGCCAACCUACAAAUUUAUGAACUACGAACUACGAUAGUGAACACUGUUACCGAUGAUAUGGAAAUAUAUAAUUGUAAUAUUAUUUGUAAA